CUGUUAAAAAAGGCAAAAUAGAAAAAAGAAUCAGUUUACUAGUGGAGUAGAAAGACCAACAUUCACCUCUGAAAUGUGCCGAAGUAGUCAAAUGGAAAUACUCAAUUAAAGUACAUGUACCUUGAACUACAUUCAAACUAUUAUUUCAGGACUAGUUUCCCCACGGACGGCUUUUUUUAGUGACACGGGAAGUGAGUGUAACGCAUGGUGUUACCAGGGCAACGCCUUCGUUGCCACGGCAACAAGACUUGUCUCCGAGGAAGUUUGUUGCGCUUGACGUAAAGAUGGAUAUCGUUGGUCUUUUAUCUUACUGUAGCUGUAAUGUAAUGUUACUGUAGCACAUGAGUUUGCUUAUUUCUUUUAAACAUUGUAAAGGUUGUACUGCUGCUGAAAUAGAUUCACCCCCCCCACACUUUCCCUAAGGUUAGUCUGAAUUGUUAAACUUAGCAAACAUUAGCUAAAUGGAGCCGGAACGAACUGAGGGGAAAACGAUGCGAGCUCAGAAACACACCCGUGUCAACGACAGAUGGAUGUUUCUCACCCCUAUGGUCAACAGCUGCAAGUUGCACGUUACAACUGUCAAAUCCCAAGCACCAGAGAGAGCCCAGAGGAUGACUGACUCUCAAGCCGUGCAAACUACGAAUCAUUUUAACCCAGAAAACAGGUUGCAUGCUUGCAGAAGACUCGACCAGACACCUCCGAUGCCAUCAUUUGCCAAUGACUCUACAGAUUCCCCUCUAAAUAAUCUAGUGCCACUAGCGUGUGGCCCUCAAAGUGGUUUGGAUCAUGCGUCACAUGCUUCACAUGCUUCACAUGCUUCACAAGACACAAGGGACACGACUAGGAUACCAACCAACACUGCAGGGGCCACCUACUACCGUAAUGCCUUAAACCUUGCCAAGCCAGCAGGUGGCUCUGGAGGAUAUAAAUACAACGCAGUCGCUAGUAACCCCUUCACUCGAUUGCCCUGUGACAGUUUUGUAUCCCAUUUUCAACGAAUGGACUUGGACAGGCGCUGUCUGGAGGAAUGCCCCCAGCGCAUGAUGGAUGAACUCCAGCUUCUCAACCUCCAGCACAAUCGAAUCACAAUCAUCCAGCAUCUGUCACAUCUGCAUCAGCUUGUUUUCCUGAACCUGUUUGACAAUCACAUCUCUGAAAUGACAGGCGUCGAAUCUCUAAGCUCUCUUAGGAUCCUCAUGAUGGGGAAGAACAGGAUCCAUACAAUAUGCUGCCUAGAAAGCCUCUCCAAACUGAAUAUCCUGGAUUUGCAUGACAAUCAGAUCCACAGGAUAGAAAAUGUGUCUCACCUGAUCGAGCUGCGAGUGUUGAACCUGGCAGGAAACAACAUAUCCAGAGUGGAGAAUCUGCGAGGCCUGGACUGUUUGACUGAACUCAACCUGCGACACAACCGCAUCUCUGCUGUGACUGAGGUGGAACGCCUGCCCUGCUUGCAGUGCCUCUUUCUCAGCUGCAACAACAUCACCAGUUUCGAUCAGCUAGCCUGCCUUGGAGAGUCGCGCUCCCUUUCUGAGCUCACCCUGGAUGGGAAUCCUGUAGCCCUGGAGACAUGGUACAAGCAGGCCGUCCUGCGCUGUGUGCUUCAUCUGAAACAGCUGGACAUGAAGCGCAUCACAGACGAGGAUCGGCGCAUGGCUGGUGUACAGGCUCGAAAGGAGGAGGAAAAGAAGAGGGAGAGUCACAAGCAGACCAUUCAUAAGGAGAAGCGGCGUCUGGCGAUCCGUAAUGCAGCGCAGCAGUGGGAGGGCCUCAGGGCCUGCCUGGAGCUGCCACCAACAAAUGGUGCUAAAGAAGAAGUUAGUCCGGAGAACAGCCCCGCCCACAGCCCCGCCCAGUCCAAUGGCCUCGCGCAGGAACCUUCUCCAGAUGAACCCAGACGGAUAAGUCCAGGUUCUGGACCAGAGCGACCCUCAGGGGGAGUGGAGAACAGACUCCGCACCAACAGCCGUCCAAACAGCCCACGAGAUCCCAAGCUUCUGGAGGCCGGGAGCAGCAGCAUUCAGAGCUUGUCCCUGUCUGACAGUCACCUGGCAGAGCUGGAUGGAGACACCCUGCGAUUAUUUGGACCCGGAGCCCUGGAGGCCCUGGAGAGGGGCUGGGGAGUUCAGACCGCUGGUGCUGUCACUGUAAUAACCUUCCGCUACAUCAACUUUGACGCCAUUAUACCAACACUGCCGCGAAUAAGGGUCAAGUUCCCCAAUCUAUCGCACCUGAUCUUCUUGGAAACCAACAUCAGCCGUCUGCUCCAGCUGGCUGCCCUGGCUCAGGUGAGGCGUCUGGACCAGCUGACCAUCCACCUGGGGGGAAACCCAGUGGUCCGUCUGGCUCUGUGGCGCUCCUUCGUCAUCUACCGCCUCCACCACUUCAACCUGCAGAGGAUCAACGGCCAGGAGGUGACCAUGAAUGAUGUGAUCGCUGCAGAGCGUGUGUUUGGGACACUGGGUCACAUAGCGGCCACCGAAACGCCGCGCUGCCGGCUCCUCCUGCUGCUGGAGGAGUCCAGGAAGCGCCAGCUGCAAUUCCUGUUGGAGGGGCGUGGCCGGCGGGCAGGACUGAGUCCGGAGGAGCUGCGUGACAACGGGAAGCUCCUGGGAGAAGGCCUGAGCAGAGCGCUGUUCAACUACCCAAGCAGAGACUGCAGUGCAGAAAGCCCUGAGGAGGGCACCGUGGAGUCCUCGGAGCGUGCCGCCAUGAUAGAGCAGUACCUCCAGCAGCUGGUCCAAAGGGCGUCAGACACCAAUCUGAAGGGCGAAGCUCUGCACAAGCUCUGGCCCUCCAUGUUUGCAGAGAUGGUGAGGGACUGUGUGUUGGAGAUGAGGGACCAAGCAGCCUUCCGAAAAACCAGCCUUGCAAAGUUCUCCGAGACCAAGUGAAGAGGACCGAGGUUCACACACACACACACACACACACUUCACACACACACACACACACACACACACACUUCACACACACACACACACACACACACACACACACACACACACACACACACACACACACACACGUGGACACAGCUUUCCUGAGCGCCUGCAGGGCUUCAUCUCUAACACAUCAUCACUCAGUGACUUAUCGCUGUCAGUUAUUAAAGGCUGUAUCUCCCCAGUGUGUGGGAAGCUCUUGUAGAUGGAUGUAGAUUGUUUUAAAGAAGAACUUCUCUUGAUUGAAUGUACAUGUUCACUAACAACACACUUGUUUGAUUCUUCAAUGCUUGGAGCUGUAACAUACUUGAAGAAAGUCAAAGGGACGUAUGGACUCGCAGUGCGCUGCGGUCCCUACGGAGCAUCCUCUGCACUUUAAAAGCUUUCUGAAUGACCCGUCUUCACCCUAACCGUCGUCAGAUGAAAAUGACCCGCGUCUCUUUUGUCGAGACGAGAAUGAUUUUUCUGUGUCUUAAAUAAUGUUUCAUGCUCUCUCUCUUUCUCCUGCCUGACUUAAGAAGAAGGGCAACUUUUAUUAGUUUACCACUGAUUUUCUGUAUUGUACUUAGUAUUAAAAGAUUCUGUAUCAACACUCA